CUCUCCUCCUCCCUCCCCCCCUCAGCGGAGCGCGCGCGCCAUGGACGUGAAGCGGCUGAAGGUGACGGAGCUGCGGGCCGAGCUCGGGCGGAGAGGCCUGGAUUCCCGCGGCUUGAAAAUCGAGCUGGCCCAGCGCCUCCAGGAGGCCCUGGACGCCGAGAUGCUGGCGGCCGGGCCCGACGAAGGCGGGGCGGAGUCGGCCGUGGCGGCCGGGCAGAGCCUCGCCAGGGCCCGCUUGGCGGCGGGCGGCGGCGGCGGAGAAAACGACGACGACGACGAGGACGAAGAAGACGAGGAGGACGAGGACGAAGAGGAGGAGGACGAGGAGGCGCUGCUGGCCGACGAGGAGGAGCAGAUGGCGGCCGAGCCGCCGCCAGCCGCCGGAGAGGGCCAGGCCCUGCCUCAGCCGUCCGGCGAGCAAGGCGAGGGCCAGGCCCAGGCGGGCGGCGGCGGCGGAGUCAACGGCGCGCAGCCGUCCCAGGAGGAAGGCGGCGGCGGAGGCCCCAGCGGGAACGAAGCGCAGGGAGACGCCGAGGACAAACAAGGAGACGAGCAGGCGGUAAAUGAAGAUGAUGAGAAAGCAAAGCAGGCUGGUUCAGAUGGAGAACGCCGUGGACUAAAAAGACAGCGUGAAGAGAAGGAAGAGCACGGCCGUGCCUAUUAUGAGUUCCGAGAGGAGGCAUAUAAUAGCCGAUCCAAAUCACCACCACCACCAGAAGAGGAGCCUAGAGAAGAAGAUGAUGAGAAUGCUGUGAUUUUGGACACCUAUACGUCUGACCUACACUUCAGAGCCACCAAGGACCGUUACGGAGGGCAGCCGUUGUUCUCUGAGAAGUUCCCCAACCUUUGGUCGGGGGCGAGAAGCACACAUGGAGUGACAAAGGGGAAAGUCUGCUUUGAGGCAAAGGUGGCACAAAACCUCCCCCUGAAGGAAGGCUGCACAGAGACCUCACUGCUUCGCAUUGGAUGGUCUGUUGACCUCUCUCGCACACAGCUAGGUGAGGAUGAGUUUUCUUAUGGCUACGAUGGACGAGGGUUGAAGGCUGAAAAUGGGCAGUUCGAAGAAUAUGGUCAGCCCUUUGGGGAGAAUGAUGUGAUCAGUUGCUUUGCUAACUUCGAAAGCGAAGAGGUGGAGCUCUCCUUCUCCAAGAACGGGGAAGACCUGGGUGUGGCCUUCCGGAUCAGCAAGGAGUCUCUGGGUGACCGAGCUUUGCUUCCGCACGUGCUGUGCAAGAACUGCUCUGUGGAGCUGAACUUUGGCCAGAAGGAAGAGCCUUUCUUCUCAGUUCCCGAGGACUACGUGUUCAUUCAUGCUGUCCCCGUUGAGGAUCGUGUGCGCACCCCUCUGCCGCCCAAGACCACUGAGGAGUGUGAGGUGCUGUUGAUGGUUGGGCUGCCUGGGUGUGGGAAGACCCAGUGGGCGCAGAAGCACACCCAGGAGAAUCUGGACAAGCGCUACAACAUCUUGGGGACGGAUGCUGUUCUUUUCCAAAUGAGAACAAGGGGGCCUGAAAUUGAAGAACUGGACACCAAAGGUCAAGAUCAGCUAACUCAGCAAGCUGCCCGUUGCAUUAGCAAGCUGGUCCAGAUUGCCCCCAGGACAAAAAGGAACUUCAUUCUUGAUCAGUGUAAUGUGUACAAUUCUGGCCAACGGAGGAAGCUGCUUAACUUCAAGGGGUUCACACGCAAGGUGAUUUUAAUUGUCCCCAACGAAGAGGACUGGAAGCAGAGGCUGGAACUGAGGAAGGAGACGGAGAAGGAUGAUGUGCCGGAGUCUGUGAUGCUGGAAAUGAAAGCCAACUUCUCUCUUCCGGAGAAGUGCGACUACAUCGAUGAAGUCCUGUACCAAGAGCUUGCAAAGGAAGAGGCUCAACCCCUGGUUACCAAAUAUAAGGAGGAGGCCAGGAAACUGCUUCCGCCCUCCGAGAAGCGAACAAACAGGCGCAACAACCGCAACAAACGCAACCGCCAGAACCGCAACCGUGGUGGGCAGGGAUAUGCUGGUGGACAGCGCCGAGGAGGAUACGACAAUCGGGUUUAUGGGCAGCAGCAGCAGCAGCAGUACUGGGGGCAGCCUGGGAACAGAGGUGGUGGUGGCUACCGCAACUUCUAUGACAGAUACAGGGGGGACUACAACCGGUUCUAUGGACGUGAUUAUGACUACAACAGAUACAGAGACUACUACAGGGACUACAAUCGGGAGUGGCAGAACUACUACCAAGACAGAGACCGAUAUUACAGGAACUACUAUGGCUACCAGGGGUACCGGUGAAACCCCAGCGAUCUUCACCCUUCAGCCAAGCAACGAGAUUCUACUGAGGGGGGAAGUGUCUUGUAAUUUUCCCAAGAUGCAACCAAUGGAAACAGGGCUGUUGGGAGAGAGGCAGCAGGGGUAAAGGGGGUGGGGGUGGGGGAGGUUUAAACAAAAAUUGUAAAUUUUUUUUUAAAGUUUGUUGAAAGAAUAUUGUCUUAUUCUAUAAAAAAACAAAAAAACAUUUCAAACCUAGUUUAGACAUUUGUAAUCAAAACAUUUGCGCGAAAAGGAAAAGCAGCACCUAGCGGUGCCUGUGAUUGGACAGGAAAACAUUACACCAUAGAACAGCUGGACUGGCAGUCAG